UGUGGAAAUUGUACAUUAUUUAGAGGACGAUUAGCAAAAUGAUCAUAUAAAAUAGAAGCGAAUGAGUACAUUUUUAUUAAAAUUGGCUAUUGUCAGUUCGAAAUGUGCAAGUUCAGGGUGCUCUUGCUGUGCUUUGCAGUUGUGGCAGUACAUUUUAAUCACAUUAAUUGCUUAUACGACGAAGACAAAAAAGUUCUACGCGACGGUCUGGAGUCUAUAGCUCAUGACUGUUUGCAUGGAUGUGGUAUCGACGAAACAGAAAUAGAAAAUAUUGAAGCCGAUGACAAUGUUGAUCAGUGUUUUAAGAAAUGCAUUAUGACGGAUGCUGGAUUCUUAGACCAAGAUGGGAAAUAUAACAAGGACAUAUUAAAUGAAUCUUUAAACAAGGUAAUUGGCAAUCAAGAUAACGCCGAAAGGAUCUUAAAUGAAUUAGAUCACUGCUUUAGCGAAAAUGGAGAUAAUACAGAAGUGGAUGAAGAAGCACAUAUGAAGCGUAUCGAUGUUCUGUUCGCUUGUUUAAGGCAAAUUAGAGAGUAACUUGAAUAUAGGCGAUAAAGGUUGAGGCAUCCCAUACCCUUGAAUGGAAAUGUAAUAAUUAUUCAAAUAAAUCAAGAUAUGCUGCAA